AUGGCCCAACAGAUUCCCCGCACUCGAACACGAUCGAUCGACGAAAAGACUAUCGAUGAGCCUCUUGCACGCAAAGACAAGACAAAGGAGGUUAAUGACCUUGUGAAGCCGCCCACAGGCUUCGAGGGAGAGUUUCCCGAUGGCGGAUUGAGAGCUUGGUUGGUUGUCGGGGGAACGAUGUGUACUACGUUUUCGACGUUUGGGUAUGUCAACGCAUGGGGGGUGUUCCAAGCCUACUACGAAGAGACUUUGUUAAAGGACUCGGACUCUUCGAAGAUUGCAUGGAUUGGCUCUGUUCAGUAUGCCCUCGUCUUCAUGCCGGGUCUAGUAACUGGUCGGAUGUUCGACAUCGGUUACUUCAGACUGCCAUUCCUUCUAGCAACCAUCCUCCUCAUCGUUGCAACAUUUCUGGUCGCCCAAUGCACCCAAUACUGGCAUUUCCUGCUCUGCCAAGGUUUCGCCAUUGGGCUAGCAUGUGGGACGGUAUUUGGUCCAGCCAUGGGUAUCAUCGGACACUGGUUUCGACUCCGACGGGGGCUCGCUCUCGGUAUAAUGGCUACUGGCUCGUCGAUCGGUGGUACCGUCAUCCCAAUAACUGCUCGUAAGCUCAUAAUCGCCGUAGGGUUCCCAUGGACGAUGCGGAUCAUCGCAUUUAUCCUGAUGUUUACUCUGGGUAUCGCCAACUUGACGUUGAAACGCCGGCUUCCGCCUGUGAAUGUAUCCGGGGGUGUACUCAACCUGAAGGCGUUCAAGAGCGCGCCGUAUACGAUUUGGUGUCUUGCUAAUUUCAUCGCUUUCCUGGGGCUGUAUACAGUCUUGACCUAUAUCAGCGUUAGCGCCGCAGCCUACGGUGUAUCGGCCGAUAUUUCGUUCUAUAUGGUCUCUAUUGCUAAUGCCAGCUCGGGAAUCGGACGGAUUGUGGCAGGCAUUUGCAUCGAUCGAAUAGGCGCCGUGAACUACUUCGGACCCAUGACAAUCAUAGCCGCCGCCCUCACGUAUGCCUGGCCAUUCGCGCGGAGCUUGGCUUCUAUGAUCGUCGUAGCCAUAAUUUAUGGAUUCUCUAGCGGAGCAUACGUUUCUUCGUUCCUGACUCCCAUCUUCGAGCUAGGCGAGAUCGGUGAUCUUGGGCGACGGACAGGGAUGGCGAUGUCGAUAGCCGCCAUCGGCGCACUUGCGGGUCCGCCGAUCUCCGGGGCGAUCAAUACAGCUACGGGUGGGUUCGAGGCCGUGGGGUAUUAUGCAGGUAGCGCCAUCAUGCUCGCGGUGGUACUGAUGUAUGUUGUUCGGCAUCUUGUUCUGGGAACGUUGAGAGGAAAAUUUUAA